AGGGUGUGAGCUAAUGGCAAAUGAAGUCAAUGGGACUUGGACCAGGCUUCUAUGGAAGAAGGCCUUACACGGCUGUCUAUGAGUGGUAUGGAGAAAGUGAACAGCCACUGAGACUGUGACCUGAAACUGUCAAAGCAGGGAGGGUCCAAUCCACACACACAAGAGCGUGAGCUGAAAAGAUGGCAAAAGAAUCAGAGGGGAAAGAUCCCCUCCUCUGUUACUACUGCAUCAAAUUUGCUCUCUCUGCCUAUUCCACCCUGUUUUCGAUAAUCGGCUUGGGGAUACUGUGCAUUGGCAUCUAUGCAGAAGUGGAAAGACAGAAGCACAGAACCUUGGAAGGGAUCUUCCUAGCUCCAGCUGUGGUUCUCCUUCUGCUGGGCAUCACAAUGUUUGCUGUUUCCUUUAUUGGAAUGAUUGGGUCCCUCAGAGACAACAGGACACUGCUGAAGAUGUUCUUCUGGGUCCUUCUGGUGAUCUUCAUCACUGAGGUGCUGUUGAUAUUCAUUGAAAUAAUCUUCGAAAACAAGAUGAAUGCAGUUUUCCAUUCCAACAUCCAAGAGGGGAUUCGGCACUAUUAUGAUGACCUGGAUUUCAAGAACAUUUUGGAUUUUGUACAAGAAAAGUUCUCGUGUUGUGGAGGUGAUGAAUAUAAAGACUGGAACGUCAAUCAGUACCAUUCAUGCAACGGCAGUGGUCCUCUGGCUUGCGGGGUUCCAUACACUUGCUGUAUCAAGAAGGUCCCUGGAGAAGUCAUCAACACUCUGUGUGGAUACAAGACCCUUGAAAAAGAGCGACUGCAACUGGUUGACAUUAUCCAUGUGCGAGGCUGUAUCCAUGCAGUUGGCCUGUGGUUUAAAGACAACUUUGAAGUCACUUUUGGGAUAGUUUGUUCCUUGCUGCUUCCACAGGUACUUGGCCUGGUUAUGGCCUGGUUAUAUUGGCGAAAGCUUGACGACGUAUACUGCAGAUCGGACACUGUUGAUUUCAAGAUACUUGAGGUGAUAGACUUCAAAGCAGUGGACUUCACAGGGGCCGGCUGGUGCUUGUGUUUUCCCAGAGAAGGAGGCUACAUUCCUGUCAAUGUCACAGACGACGAAGAUGAUGAAGGGGCUAUCAGUCAAAGUAAAGUGUGAAGAGGUACCAGAAUCCUCAGCGUGGCAGUUCAGAGCACGGCGCACCUGAAGGCACGGACUAGAGAAUGUGAGAUGAACCUUAAGCAGGGAAAUAACUAGACAUUACACCCAGUCAUGCUUCAUCCUCAAAUUCAUGGGAUAUCUUAGCAGGAAUUCUAAAAUAACUUAACAUGUGUACAUGAGUAAGAAUCAACACACCCUGAAGGCAGACAAAAGCUCCAUAGCUUACAUGCACUGUCUUGGCAACCCCAAGUAUUUGUGUAUAUCUCCUUUUUACAAAAUAAAUGUAACUUUCUUUUUUAA